AUGAUCCCGCCGAGCUUCGCGGGGUCGUCCGACGGCCGCGUCUUGGUCUCCUUGCCCGUGAAUUUCGUCUUCAAAUUGCUCGAGUACGGAAGCGGCGGCAGCGACGCCGUCGGCGUCGCGCUCAGCGUCCCGGGCCCGUUGCUCCCCACGCCAACCUUCGUGAGCCUGAAGUCCUUCAUCCCCUGCGUCUCGUCCAAGUACGGCCUCCGCUUCCCGACGUGCGCCGCGCCGAGGGAGGACGAGUACGUCGGAUCCGUCGAGAGCGUCUGCGCGUACAGCGGGUUGUCGCCGCCGCCGCCGACGGGGCGCGCCUCGUACAUGGCCGCGUUACCCAUCGGGUUCUCUCCCGCGCGUUGCAUCAGCACGGCUUCUUCCUGUUACGUAUGGAUUUUAUGGUGA